UCUCACAGUUCUGCCGAACUAUGACUUUCGCAUUGAAACAGACAGUGUCAGUCACAGUCACAGUCAGAUUGCUACUGUUGCAAGUAUCUUUUAAUCAUCGAAUUAUUCAAUUGUAGAGUGAGGGCAGUGAAUCGUUCAUUUUUGUUGAAGAAAUGGGGUCUUCAAAAGGAUAUUGCAGCUUUUGCUUGAAGAAUGGAGAACCGGAGAAAACUUACAGUAGUCAUGUACUGCGGCAAGAGAAUGGAGCAGUACAAUGCCCUGUACUGCAGCGGCAUGUAUGUACCAUCUGUUCUGCUACAGGAGUGAACGCACAUACAGACAGUCACUGUCCUUUGAAGAAAGAUGGCGCACUGGCUUAUCACAAGAUAUACAAGAAUAACAGGAAUACUGUUCUAGUUCAAUCUCCAUCCUACAGAAUGUUCAAGCCCCAGGAGCCCUCAUCAAAGAUUCACUUUGAGGACAGCGUAAUUAGAUCCAGAGUUCACAACUUCUCUAACAAAGAGCUUCAGCACAAACACAUUCCUCACAAUCAGGAUUCAGCACGGAUGCCGUCACGAACCUUUCGUCUGACCCCUUCUCCCUCCUACCCUGCUCUCCGUCCAGCCUCUUCCCCAGUCUAUCCUGCCUUACGUCCUCAGUACCCUGCUCCACAUCGCUAUUCCGUGCCUGUCCUUCAAUCCCACACUAUCCAUUGCAAUUCAAGGCUAGAUAUGAACAGAGAACCUAUCCCUUCAAGAUAUUUCCCGGAACACGGUUAUCUUGCUCCCUCUGAAACCUGUGCUCCAGCUCUUCAGAUAAUUUCACGAGAAAGAUUACCAAGUCCAAAACCCAAGCUGACUAUCCCUUUUAAUCUUGAACGUUCUAUUCCACCAUACCAUACUGCCUCUCCACCAAGAUCAAGUUCGCCAUCUCUCAGUUCUUCUCGUAGCUGGAGCUCGUCGGAUGGAUCUCCUUGUUCUACCGAGACCUGGACAAACAACCGUGAACCUUACUCUGGUUGGACCUGGAGAGAGAAGGAACCUAGUUCUAGAGAACGUUCCAGAUCAGAGAACAGUCUGGGUUGGAGCGAAAAGGAUUUUGGCCCCGUCACUAGUUUCAACAAGGCACCAGGUUCUCCUUUACUUCCUGGAGCCUGCAGGUCGGGUUCAAGUAGUUCCAGCCUGCUCCUGGACCUGGAUACCUUUCAAACCAUGAGUAACUGGAGCCUGGAUGGUUCUUACAGCUCUAGGAGUACCUGGAGCUCAGAUCAGGGAUCGAUCAGUCCCAGGAGUGCCGAUUUACGAUCUACCGACGGAGAAAGAUUUAUCUACUAGCCGGGAAUAUUAUUGUUGUAUAAUGGACUUAUAUCAGUGAAUAAAGUUAAGCUAAAAAUUAA